AUCUUCUACACUUUGUUGUACACGGAGUGCCUUACAUGUCUUGUCCUGUUUGUCUAAAAUCGUUUGAUAUUAUGACAAACUUAAUACCACACGUGGCUCAACAUGUUAAGCAGACUUACGUGAAGUUGAAAGUUAUUGAGAAUGCAGCAGAAUCGAGAAAUAGAAAGAAGAAUAGCAAGGGGAAAUACCAGUGUCAGGUGUGCAGAAGUAUGGUAGAGGGGGACAAUAUAUAUGGACAUUGGGACACCCAUUUUAUAACUGGGUGGAAGAAACGGGAUGAUGAAGGUGUUCUGAAUACCGCUCUGAGAUCUGAAGGCUUAAAAUUGGUUAUAAAAAAUUUAUUGCAAAGCGGAAAGGAAAUGAAGAAAAAAGAUUGCGUGAUAUGUUUGCGACAUUUUGAGCGUAAAAACGAUUGUAAAAGGCAUCUGAUCGAGCAUCUAUUGACGGACGCGUAUUGCAACAGACCCGUAUAUGGUGGACUGAGAUGUCAAAUAUGCUUCGAAUCGUUCCAACGGCCUGACAGAUACAAACUGCACAUGAGGGACCACGGGUCUCUCCCUGUCUACAGAUGUGAUAUAUGUGACCGCGCGUUCAGUGACUCGAGCAACUUCACAAAACACAAGAAAGUACAUAAUCUUCAAGUGGUCGUCUGUGAUGUGUGCAGCAAGAAGUUUCAGUCGAAAUUGUCUUUGACCAAGCAUUUGGAGAUGCACAAAACAACAGAGCCGAUAACCUGUCCAGUGUGUUUCCGAGUGUCUCACACCGAAUCGGCUUACAGAAAACACGUCAAACGCUUCCACGAUCGCGUCGUCAUCAAAUUCAAAUGUCAUUACUGCGGCAAGAAAUUCGACAGCAUCAGAGAGAAAUGGGACCACCUCUGGCUGGCGCAUAAGGAGAGGAAGCACAAGGCCGACUGUCCCAUUUGUAAGAAGCAGUUCAGGAAAGACCAAGACGUGAGAACGCAUAUGAUGCUGGCUCACGCGAUUGUCAAGAAGGGUAAGAAAAAACCGGCGAAAAAGGAUGAUAUUGAACAGUUUUUGAAGGACAAUCCGCCGUUGGAGGAGACCCUCAUUGUGUACGAAUGAGAGGGGAUGAUUUCAAUUCGGAACACAUGUUGAUCAUGAAGGGCUGAUGCCCUUUAGAAGGUAAAAGGCGCGACUAGUAAAUUGAUGUUUGAUUGGUCAACAGGCCACGGUCACUCGGCCAAUCAGAGCAAUGCGUCGGUCACGUGGUCGUCUCUCGGCCAAUCACAGCAAUGGGUUUGGUCACGUGUUAGUCUCUCGGCCAAUCGCAGCAAUGCGUUGGUCACGUGGUCGUCUCUCGACCAAUAACAGGAAUGCGUCGGUCACGUGCGUGUCUCUAGAUCAAUCAGAACACUGCGUCAGUCACGUGUUACUCUCCCGGAUUUGUGAGAUUUUUGCCCUAUUUUAAGCAUAUGACGGUAUAUCCGGUAGUUACAAACGAUUAUUUAUAACAAUACUUAUUUUAACAUCAUCUAUAAUGAUUUUUUCAUUGCGCGAGAAUUUUAUUUACUGUUAUUGUUUUAAAAUGCUGCGGAGAUGAUCUGACUCAAGUCGUCGAAGUCGAUCAAAUGCGCGACGAGCUGCCUCACGUGCAAACCGGUACUUUCGACAAGUGAGAGACAGAUCAUUUAAAAUAUCUCCGAUGCUAUUGGCUAGAGUAGCCGAAAUUCGGCUACCAAGGAAUCAAUCAUAAAGAGAGGUGCCUUCUUUCUUUAAUUCAGAAGCAAGUUUGUGAUAUACAAUAUAAAAAGUUUUAUAUUGAAUUACUUAUAUUUCGCUGGCUCACUUACAACAUUAUAUUUAUGUUAUAAAAAUUGUCAUUUUAAUCUAAAUUGCCACUACUAUAUCUCUACAAGAAUCCGUCGCAGCGACAUCAAAAUUUCAGUCAGAAAUACACUCACGCGCAUGCUAUUCACAAUAAACAAAUAACUAAAAAAUUUAAAAAAGUAAAACUGGAUUUUUUUGUGGAAAUAUUCGUUAUUAAUGUAUGAUUUUUGGCAUAAUCUUAACAGAGGUAACGAGUAUGUGGUUUCAUUUAGUAACGCAAUGUCAAAAUGACCCUGUAUAAUCUUGUAGUGAGCCAGCGAUGUGUCAAAUGCCUUUGUAAAACGUUAAGUCGUGACUUUGAUAUAACUCUGAUAUAGGCCACAUAUAGAAAUUAUAUCGACGGUUCAAAAGGCUAAUUGACUUGAGCGACUUUUUUUUCGAAAUAUUUUAAGUGUGUUAAAAAAAACAUAGAAAAAAAAUAUUUUAAAUAUGUAUGAAACUUAAUGUCGAAAAAUUUCGCUAAGUUAAUUAGCUCUUCAACUAUCGAUAUAUUUAAGUCAAAUAAAAUAAAAACACAUUGUCCAUACAAAUUAGCUUAAGUAUUUUAUGUUCCAGGCUGUAUGAUAAAUUGCCUUUGCCUAAGUAAUAAUCGAUUUUGACAAAAUAGAAUCCCAUAUUUCCUAUAAAAUAGACUGAAUUUAAUAAUUUUUCAAAAGUAGGAUAUGAAAUGCAUAAUUAGAAUCUAUACUAUUAUAUAAAGCUGAAGAGUUUGUUUGUUUGUUUGUUUGUUUGUUUGUUUGAACGCGCUAAUCUCAGGAACUACCGAUCCAAACUGAAAAAUUCUUUUUGCG